AUGAGAAACAUAUUGAAGCUGAAGUCAAUCAAAUGUAGUACUAAUGGGAAAUAUUUUUUUUCAAAGAAUUUUUUAUUCAUAAAAAAUAGAUCGUCAAAAUUUAAUACUUCAAUCAAAAAACUAGGAAACAAUAUAAUUAAUAAUGAAGAAAAUGUAAUUAAAAAUAGACAAUCAGUAAGUAAUAUAAUGAGCAAAAGUAUAUUUACUGAAAAUAAAAUUAAAAAUGAUAUUAAUGAUGAUUAUCCUUUAAAAAACAAUUUAAAUGAUGUAGAUGAAAAUUCUGAUAAUUAUUUAAAUGAAAAUUUUGAAAAUGAUUUAAAAGAAGAUUUUACUGGAAAUACACAAGGAAGGAAAAUUAAUGAGUAUGAUAACAUAAGUGAUAAUUUCAAAAAUGAUGAUUUAUUAGAAGAAAAUUUUAAUAGUGACAAUUUAAAUGAAAAUUUUAAAAAUUACAAAAAUUUUGAUAGAAAUGAAAUAAAAAAAAGUCACAUUGGUGAAAAUGGAUUUAUUAAUAACAAAAAUAGAAAGUACAAUAAUUAUGAAAAAAAUAGAAAAAGAUAUAACAAUUCAUAUAAAGAUGAUGAUGAUCAAAUAUCAAAUUAUUCUAGAAAUUUAAAUAAUUCUGAUAGAUAUUCAAAUUUAGGAAGUAAUUUAAAAGAUAUUGAAUGGAAUAAGAUAAAAGUUAAUAUAGAAAGAAAAAAUUUAUACAAUAAUAAUAAAUUAAAGAAUUUAUCAAAUGAAGAAUUGCAGAAUGAACUAAAAAAAAAUAAUAUAUUUGUGAAUAAAGAUUUAUCAAUCAACAAUUUUAUUACGAAAUUUUCUGAUUUAAAUUUUCAUGAAUCCAUAUUAAAUUAUUUAAAUAGUAAAUUUAAUGAGCCAACAGCUAUACAAAAAAUUACAUGGCCAAUAGCUUUAUCAGGAAAGGAUUUGAUUGGUGUUGCUGAAACGGGAAGUGGUAAAACUUUAGCAUAUGUUUUACCAUGUCUUAUGCAUAUAAUGAAACACAAACAAAUGGAGAUAAACAAACAAAAUUUAGAUUCGAAGGAGAAUGGAAUAGAAGAAGAAAGAGAAGAAUGUCAUACUUCAGAGAUCAAUAAAAAUGAUGUAAAUAAUUAUUUAGAAAAUGAUAUGAAAAGUGAAUAUGAGGAAAAUAACACCUACGGUUUAAUAUUAUUGCCAACAAGAGAAUUAUGUAUGCAAGUACUAGAUGAGAUAAAAAUUUUUGAGAAAACUUUAAAUUUAAAAAGUGUUGCAAUAUAUGGAGGAGUACCAAAGUAUUUUCAAAUUAAUAAUUUAAAGAAGGGAGCAGAUAUAAUUGUUGCUACACCAGGAAGACUUUUAGAUUUUUUAGAAAAUGGAAUAAUUAAUUUAUUAAAAAGUAUUUAUGUUGUUAUUGAUGAAGCGGAUAGAUUACUAGAUAUGGGUUUUGAGAAACAACUAAGAAAAAUAAUGACACAAGUUAAUAGAAAUAAACAAUUAUUAUUUUUGACAGCCACAUGGCCUGAACAAGUCAGGAAAUUAGCUUAUGACUUUUGUUCAUAUGACCCAAUAAAAAUUCAAAUUGGUAAAAAUGAACUGACAGCAAAUAAAAAUAUUGAACAGAAUGUAAUUAUUAGUCCAUCAAUUGAUAUGAAAAAAAAGUUACUAGAUUGGUUAAAAGAAAAUUAUGAAAACAAUAAAAUAUUAAUAUUUUGUGAUACGAAAAGAAAUUGUGAUAAUUUAUGUAAAGAAUUACGAUAUCAUCAAUACAAUGCAUUAUCCAUUCAUGGUGAUAAGCAGCAAAGAGAGAGAGAUAGAAUAUUAAAUAAUUACAAAAGUGAUAGAUGCAAUAUAUUAGUUGCAACUGAUGUAGCUUCAAGAGGAUUAGAUAUUAAAAAUAUUUCCAUUGUUAUUAAUUAUGAUGUUCCAAAUACCAUAGAAGAUUAUAUACAUAGAAUUGGAAGAACUGGAAGGGCUGGAAAAAAGGGAAAAUCAAUUUUAUUUUUUUCUUAUGAUUAUUACGUACCUCAAAAACUAAAGUUCGCAAAAGAACUAAUUAAAUUAUUAAAUAAAACUAAUCAACCAAUACCCAAUCAACUGAAAGAAAUAGCAUAUUCUCGAUAA